ACAGCAUAUGCCCAGAAAUCGAUGCGAAACGUAAUCGCUCUUGUCUUGCUUGCUGCCCAGUUGCCCGCAGUCCCCGCCCUCCUUUCCUUCACGAAUCCCCCUCCAAAGCAACCUGCCCUCCAUUUCCGCCCUGGCCUUCCUACAGACAACCCCCUCAUCCGCCAAAGCAUGUUAGAGGCUCGCAUGAAUCCAGCAUUCCUCAAACCUGAGUACUUCACCAUUGCCGAGCACCCUGGCCCGAAUGCUGGCACGGGGCGAGCGACGACGGCAGGUUUUGGGCAAAUCCGUCCCAUCCUGGGAACGGGAGGACAAGUCUGCGAGCUCGCGUCGGUAUACGUCCUCCCUGCUUCAAGAAAGCAGAGAAUAGGGUCGCGCAUAAUUGCUAGGCUCGUGGAGAAUUUCCGAGCCGAUAACAGCAGAGCGCGCCAGGUCCCCUCUUCUUCCCAGUCUGUUCCUACUCCUCGACUCGUCCUUCUCACCCUGGCAGACACGGCACCUUUCUACUCUUCCCACGGCUUUUUUGUGCUUCCAGACCCUGUGCGAGCCAAGCCACCCCUGCCAAUGCUCUUUGUACUCGAGUAUUUGGCCGGAUCAGUGGUGGCGAGGCUUUCCCGGGGCCCGGCGACCAAGUUGGUGUGUAUGGAGCUGCAGGAGGGGGGAAACAGUGGGAGAAUAGCUGCAAAACGCACAAAUUAGUGUGGGAAGAAAGCAUAAACGACGGAUUAAAAG